AUGUCACAGGUCUCACAUUUUAUGACUUUGCUGUCCAUCUCGGGAUCCGACUCCAAAACAGAGGAGUCCGACGUGCCUAUUCUCGGGUCAGAAACGGCGGUCCCGGCUACAAGAGCCAUCCGCGACGUGAGACAAGCUUUGCCGGUUACAGCCAGGUGUCCUAGAUAGUCGAAGCUAGCCUGCUAACGCUAGCUCCAGGAGACUGAAACAGUCCAGCCGAACACGGCAUGUUGAAAGCAGCAGCACCAACAACGUGGUCCCGAAAACAAAAGUUUUAAAAGUAUGAAAUGUUAGUGUCUUAGAAAUAUUAACGUAAUUUUUUUUUUUUUAAGUAUAAAACACUGAAGCGCUGCACCGCCAAGCACACACGUGUCUAACACCGGUCAACACCACAAACUCACUAUCACAAUCAAUCAUAACCUCCUGGCGGCUGUUUCAGAAUCACAUUUAAAUAUACUUGGCGAAUAAAGGUAAUUCUGAUUCUGAAACUGCUGCCAGAGGUUGAGUGUUAGUGCUCUAGUGAGUCAGUCUGUCAGCAUAUCAGGGAAGCAGCUCUUGUUUGUGGCGUAACAGUUUAGUUGCAAGAAGAGCCUCUCUCAAACUAAGGCAAAGGUGUUUACAAAAAUGUUGUCCCUUGGUCACCCAGCUCACACACACCUCUAGCCUCACCCACACCUCUACCCUCACCCACACCUCUACCCUCACACACACCUCUAGCCUCACCCACACCUCUACCCUCACCCACACCUCCACCCUCACCCACUCACCCACACCUCUACCCUCACCCACACCUCUACCCUCACCCACUCACCCACACCUCUACCCUCACCCACUCACACACACCUCUACCCUCACCCACUCACCCACACCUCUACCCUCACCCACUCACACACACCUCUACCCUCACACACACCUCUACCCUCACCCACUCACCCACACCUCUACCCUCACCCACUCAUACACACCUCUACCCUCACCCUCCCCAACCCAACCUAAAAACCACCACCAUGGUUCUUGUUGUCAGUCCGUAUCCUUGAACUGUCUUAUGACCAGUUGAGCCAGUUUGGAGUCAACGACAGUGCUGAGUUAGAGGUAUGGGGGGAGAAUGUUCCUUGCCAGCAUUUGUGAUCUUGUACGAGACCCGGUCAUUGACGUCUCUCUCUGCAUUCCCCCCCCACCAAACAGGUUCUGUGAAUUAGUUCAGAUGAUAGCCUUGCCUUGCACACUCCCUUGCCCCAUACACACACAUAACACAUACUCUCUCUGUCACACACACACACGCUGUGUCCCACGGCUCAGUGUGGUGUGUGUGUGUGUGUGACAUCCUGACUGUGAGGUGUCUUGAGAGAUGCCCGCUGGAUGUUCUUUCUCUCUCUCUCUCUCUCUCUCUGGAACCCUGUGGUGAACCUGGCCAGCUCCAAUGCUGUGUUGCCUUGACAAUGAGGGCCUUUGAGAGCCAGACACACACACACACACACACACACACACACACACUCUGCUGCUGGAAGAGUCCAUGGAGUCGAGGGAAGCCUGCACUCAGUAGAUAACUACACCCUUCCUUCUCUGACUAAUAGGGUAAAUGGUCCAAGUGGAAGAUGUUGAAUGGCUGAGGGCGGUGGAGGAUUCACCUCAUCUCUCUGCUGCCUGCUCUGUUUUCCUACCUGUCCUAUCCUGCAGACGCCUUAAAACACACACACACAUUAUGACUGACACACACACACACACACAUUAUGGCUGACACACACAACACACAUUUCCAUACACACUGAAAAACAAACCCUGAGGGUUUUGCAUGUAUGUAAAUGUCCCGACUGGGGAAUCUGUGCUACUCCUCUCACUUCCUGUCUAGACAAACACAACAGCCUGGCCACUUCCUGUCUAGACAAACACAACAGCCUGGCCACUCCCUGGGUAUCUGACCACACUGGCCAACACACACUGCAUUUGAAUUGGCUGUAUGUGUCCACAAUAGUAACCCUGACCCACACCCGUCUCCCCACUCUUCAUGGAUUUCUAUUUUGAAGGCUGAGGCUCUGGCCAUGAUUUCUUCCCUCAGUCUAAACAUGAAUGGUUCUCUCUUAUGUGAGAUAUAUAUAUAUAUAUAUAUAUAUCUCACAUGAGAGAACCAUUCAUGUUAUAUAUAUAUAUAUAUAUAUAUAUACCAGUAUAAUAUAGAUAUUAUACUGGUAGAUAUAACUUGUUAUAUCUGUGUUGUUACUAUGGAGAUCAGCUGAGAUGUGUACCAGGUCAGUGACAGUCAGGAAGAACACUCAAAUUGGACCCAGAGGAUCUUAUCUUGUCAGAAACCUACUGAACUAGAGGUGGGUCUGUGUUUGGGUGGGUUUCUCUCUCGGACCGCGCCUUAUAAACGGACUGAGGUCAUUUUCCUGGAGAGCAAAUUGAAUCCAGGCUGAAUGGCUUGUCUCUCUAACUCUUCUCUAAUGGGGUAGUUGGACUGCAGCCUGUCUCUCUGCUCUAAUAGGGGUAGUUGGACUGCAGCCUGUCUCUCUGCUCUAAUAGGGGUAGUUGGACUGCAGCCUGUCUCUCUGCUCUAAUAGGGGUAGUUGGACUGCAGCCUGUCUCUCUGCUCUAAUAGGGGUAGUUGGACUGCAGCCUGUCUCUCUGCUCUAAUAGGGGUAGUUGGACUGCAGCCUGUCUCUCUGCUCUAAUAGGGGUAGUUGGACUGCAGCCUGUCUCUCUGCUCUAAUAGGGGUAGUUGGACUGCAGCCUCUCUCUGCUCUAAUAAGGGUAGUUGGACUGCAGCCUCUCUCUGCUCUAAUAGGGGUAGUUGGACUGCAGCCUGUCUCUCUGCUCUAAUGGGGGUAGUUGGACUGCAGCCUGUCUCUCUGCUCUAAUAGGGGUAGUUGUACUGCAGCCUCUCUCUGCUCUAAUAGGGGUAGUUGGACUGCAGCCUCUCUCUGCUCUAAUAGGGGUAGUUGGACUGCAGCCUGUCUCUCUGCUCUAAUAGGGGUAGUUGGACUGCAGCCUCUCUCUGCUCUAAUAAGGGUAGUUGGACUGCAGCCUCUCUCUGCUCUAAUAGGGGUAGUUGGACUGCAGCCUGUCUCUCUGCUCUAAUAGGGGUAGUUGGACUGCAGCUUCUCUCUGCUCUAAUAGGGUAGUUGGACUGCAGCCUGUCUCUCUGCUCUAAUAGGGGUAGUUGGACUGCAGCCUGUCUCUCUGCUCUAAUAGGGGUAGUUGGACUGCAGCCUGUCUCUGCUCUAACAGGGGUAGUUGGACUGCAGCCUGUCUCUCUGCUCUAAUGGGGUAGUUGGACUGCAGCCUGUUGUAGUCAUUCUCUGUUACUUGUAUGUGUGCUGUGUUAACCGGCUGUGUGCUGUGCUGUGUUAACCGGCUGUGUGCUGUGCUGUGUUAACCGGCUGUGUGCUGUGCUGUGUUAACCGGCUGUGUGCUGUGCUGUGUUAACCGGCUGUGUGCUGUGCUGUGUUGUUAACCGGCUGUGUUGUGUUGUGUUAACCGGCUGUGUGCUGUGUUGUGUUAACCGGCUGUGUGCUGUGUUGUGUUAACCGGCUGUGUGCUGUGUUGUGUUGUGUUGUGUUAACCGGCUGUGUGCUGUGUUGUGUUGUGUUGUGUUAACCGGCUGUGUGCUGUGUUGUGUUGUUAACCGGCUGUGUGCUGUGCUGUGUUAACCGGCUGUGUGCUGUGCUGUGUUGUGUUAACCGGCUGUGUGCUGUGUUGUGCUGUGUUAACCGGCUGUGUGCUGUGCUGUGUGUUGUGUUAACCGGCUGUGUGCUGUGUUGUGUUAACCGGCUGUGUGCUGUGCUGUGUUAACCGGCUGUGUGCUGUGUUGUGUUGUGUUAACCGGCUGUGUGCUGUGCUGUGCUGUGCUGUGUUAACCGGCUGUGUGCUGUGCUGUGUUAACCGGCUGUGUGCUGUGUUGUGUUAACCGGCUGUGUGCUGUGUUAACCGGCUGUGUGCUGUGCUGUGUGUUGUGUUAACCGGCUGUGUGUUUCUCUCCUCAGGAGUCCGGCAGUGGGGAGGAGGACCUGCGCUCUCAGCCUAGAAGGUAAGACAGACACGCCCCCCCGUGACAUCAUCACCCUUGUUUGUGACAUUGCAAAUGUCACUUUGUGCCUGUGUGACUGAUUUCUCAGAGAUCACCUGUGCUAUUGUGAAAUCAGAGGAAUAUCCUGUGUGGCUGUGACAUCAAGAACAGCACCUGUGACAUCAAGAACAGCACCUGUGACUACUGUUGAAAAAUUCCAGGAACUGUCAAUAAAUUCCUUGGUUUUCACAAAAUCCCAUUUGGAAGAUUCCCGGAAUCAGGAGGUAAUAAGCAGGAAAUACAGAAUCCUCCAACCAGGAUUUCUGGAAACCAGGGAAUUUAUUGAAAGUUUUGGGAAUUUUGCAACCCUAAUUGUGACAUCAAGUGCUCCAUUGCAAGAGUUCUGUCCUGUGAUUGAGACAUCAUAAAGAACUCCUGUGCGAGAGUUCUGUCCUUUGAUUGAGACAUCAUGAAGAACUCCUGUGCGAGAGUUCUGUCCUGUAAUUGAGACAUCAUGAAGAACUCCUGUGCGAGAGUUCUGUCCUUUGAUUGAGACAUCAUGAAGAACUCCUGUGCGAGAGUUCUGUCCUUUGAUUGAGACAUCAUGAAGAACUCCUGUGCGAGAGUUCUGUCCUUUGAUUGAGACAUCAUAAAGAACUCCUGUGCGAGAGUUCUGUCCUUUGAUUGAGACAUCAUGAAGAACUCCUGUGCGAGAGUUCUGUCCUGUGAUUGAGACAUCAUGAAGAACUCCUGUGCGAGAGUUCUGUCCUGUGAUUGAGACAUCAUAAAGAACUCCUGUGCGAGAGUUCUGUCCUGUGCAAUUGUAACAUCACAAUGCAGGGUUCUUCUUUUUGUUGCCUAGGGCAGUGAGUUUCUGAGCUGUGGAGUUGUUGCAGAUCAGGUUUGUCCUGUCUCUGUCCACCACAGACUCCCAACUGAACAGCUCUCACAUAACACUGCCUUCUGCUCGUGCGUGUGUGUGUGUAGGGCUUGGAAUUGCCAGGGACCUCAUGAUAUGAUAUUACUCUACCAACAGUAGCAAAAUAACAUUGUCUCAAAAUAAUAUUGUGAUAUGUAACUUUUUUUUUUUUUUUUUUUUUUUUUUUUUUUUUUUUCCAUCACUGCACAACAUAUCUGUGUGUUAAUUUUAACACCUUCUCACAAAGCAGCUGUUUUGAUGAUGCAGAGGUUGUUGAGUCUGGUCUUCACAAGUCCUCACUGUCAGCCCCAGCUAUGGAAACCCAAUUUUCCUAGUAUAACAUAAGGUUGUAUAUAGGUUUGUGACAGUAAUUGAAUAACUGUGUAACUGACGGUUAUGGAUGAAGACGUCAUGAAAAUAAAAUGAUCAUCAAAACCGUUUAAAUACGCCGACAUUCAUAAAAACAAUUUUUACUUUCUUUUCGUGUAGAUAAACAUUACCUAAUAGUGGAGUGUUUACUAAUGAUUAUAAGACAUUGUUUUGCUAACUUAGUCUGUCUAUAAAUGUUCUACAUCUCCUCCUCUUUCCAACUGUCCUUUUGAUGCUCAAGCAGCUAAUCUGCGCGGAGUGUAGAGCGCUAUAGGCUAUGGCACUUCAGUAAAUAAAUUGUUGCAUUUGUGGACUUUCUUUUAUACAAGGCAGAUUUUCAUUGCUUGCUAGUAAAUAAAUAAAUUGUUAUUCUUUUAAAAAAUGUUGGAUGUACAGUGGAGGAAAAAAAGUAUUUAGUCAGCCACCAAUUGUGCAAGUUCUCCCACUUAAAAAGAUGAGUGGCCUGUAAUUUUCAUCAUAGGUACACGUCAACUAUGACAGACAAAAUGAGAAAAAAAAAUCCAGAAAAUCACAUUGUAGGAUUUUUAAUGAAUUUAUUUGCAAAUUAUGGUGGAAAAUAAGUAUUUGGUCAAUAACAAAAGUUUCUCAAUACUUUGUUAUAUACCCUUUGUUGGCAAUGACACAGGUCAAACGUUUUCUGUAAGUCUUCACAAGGUUUUCACACACUGUUGCUGGUAUUUUGGCCCAUUCCUCCAUGCAGAGCUCCUCUAGAGCAGUGAUGUUUUGGGGCUGUCGCUGGGCAACACGGACUUUCAACACCCUCCAAAGAUUUUCUAUGGGGUUGAGAUCUGGAGACUGGCUAGGCCACUCCAGGACCUUGAAAUGCUUCUUACGAAGCCACUCCUUCGUUGCCCGGGCGGUGUGUUUGGGAUCAUUGUCAUGCUGAAAGACCCAGCCAUGUUUCAUCUUCAAUGCCCUUGCUGAUGGAAGGAGGUUUUCACUCAAAAUCUCACGAUACAUGGCCCCAUUCAUUCUUUCCUUUACACGGAUCAGUCGUCCUGGUCCUUUGCAGAAAAACAGCCCCAAAGCAUGAUGUUUCCACCCCCAUGCUUCACAGUAGGUAUUGUGUUCUUUGGACGCAACUCAGCAUUCUUUGUCCUCCAAACACGACGAGUUGAGUUUUUACCAAAAAGUUCCAUUUUGGUUUCAUCUGACCAUAUGACAUUCUUCCAAUCCUCUUCUGGAUCAUCCAAAUGCACUCUAGCAAACUUCAGACGGGCCUGGACAUGUACUGGCUUAAGCAGGGGGACACGUCUCGCACUGCAGGAUUUGAGUCCCUGUCGGCGUAGUGUGUUACUGAUGGUAGGCUUUGUUACUUUGGUCCCAGCUCUCUGCAGGUCAUUCACUAGGUCCCCCCGUGUGGUUCUGGGAUUUUUGCUCACCGUUCUUGUGAUCAUUUUGACCCCACGGGGUGAGAUCUUGCGUGGAGCCCCAGAUCGAGGGAGAUUAUCAGUGGUCUUGUAUGUCUUCCAUUUCCUAAUAAUUGCUCCCACAGUUGAUUUCUUCAAACCAAGCUGCUUACCUAUUGCAGAUUCAGUCUUCCCAGCCUGGUGCAGGUCUACAAUUUUGUUUCUGGUGUCCUUUGACAGCUCUUUGGUCUUGGCCAUAGUGGAGUUUGGAGUGUGACUGUUUGAGGUUGUGGACAGGUGUCUUUUAUACUGAUAUGGGGGGUUGAGGUUGUCACGUUCCGUUCUCUUGGCAUGCACCUCCUUGACCACUAGUCUCAGGAGUCUUUUGUUGAAGAUGUAAAAAUAUUAUGUUCGUCUGAUGUGCAUAAGGAAGUGAAUCCAGAUGCAGCACUGGUAUUGUAAAAUCACUCGUGCCAAUUGUUGACAAGCUUGCACCUGUUAAGAAACUCACUGUGAGCUGUUAGAGCCCUCUGGAUUGAUGAGGAACUGAAACAUUUUAUGGUUCGAAGAAAUGAUGCAAAAGAGGUGCCAAUCAUUUCAAUUACUAUUUCAAUAGUGAAGUGGACAAACCUAAGAAGUGAAAUGACUUUGAACAGUGAACCAUCAUAUUUGUGUAUUGAAGAUCUGAUAAUGAAAGAGAAGGAUUGCUGUUUUGAGUUUGGUCAAGUUUGUAUGGAAGAGGUGGAAGAAUUGUUAUCCAUCAAUAAUGAUAAGCCACCAGGUAUAGACAACCUAGAUGGAAAACUAUUGAGAAUGGUAGCAGACUGUAUUGCCACCCCUAUUUGCCAUGUCUUUAACCAACCCCCAAAGGACUGUGUGUAUCCACAGGCGUGGAAGUUAGCUAAAGUAAUUCCACUACCUAAAAAUAGUAAAGCACCCUUUGCUGUCUCUAACAGCCGACCAAUCAGUUUGCUGCCUGUUCUUAGUAAACUGAUGGAGAAAAUUGUGUUUGAACAAAUACAAUGCUAUUUUUCAAAGAGCAAGCUAACUACUGACUUUCAGCAUGCAUAUAGGGAAGGGCUCUCAACUUGUACUGCACUAACUCAGAUGACUGACGAUUGGUUAAAAUAAAUGGAUAAUAAGAUGAUAGUUGGAGCUGUACUGUUAGAUUUCACUGCAGCCUUUGGUGUUAUUGAGCAUAAUUUGUUAUAGAAAAAACUCACUUGUUAUGGCUUUACAUCACCUGCCAUCACAUGGUUGGAUAGUUAUUUAUCCAAUAGAACCCAGAUAGUGUUCUUCAAUGGAAGCUUCUCUAACAUCUAUGUACAGUGCGGUAUCCCUCAGGGCAGUUGUCUUGGGCCGAUACUCUUCUCUAUUUUUACAAAUGAUUUGCCACUUACAAGAAGCUAAAAUGACUAUGUAUGCUGAUGAUUGUACACACAUCAGCACCUACAGCCAGUGAGCUCGCUGAGACUCUUAGCAAGGAGUUAGUCUGUGUCAGAAUGGGUAAUUAACAAUAAACUGGUCUUUAAAUACAGUGCCUUCAGAAAGUAUUCACACCCCUUUACUUUUUUCACAUUUUGUUUUGUUACAGCCUAAAUUUAAAAUGGAUUAAAUUGAGAUUUGUUGUCACUGGCCUACACAAAAUACCCCAAAAUGUCAAAGCGGAAUUAUGUUUUUACAAAUUCAUAAAAAAUAGAAAGCUGAAAUGUCUUGAGUCAAUAAGUAUUCAACCCCUUUGUUAUGGCAAGCCUAAAUAAGUUCAGGAGUAAAAAUGUGCUUAACAAGUCACAUAAUAAGUUGCAUGGACUCCCUCUGUGCGCAAUAAUAAUGUUUAACAUGAUUUUUGAAUGACUACCUCCUCUCUGUACCCCACACAUACAAUUAUCUGUAAGGUCCCUCAGUCGAACAGUGCAUUUCCACCACAAAGACCAGGGAGGUUUUCCAAUGCCUCGCAAAGAUCACCUAUUGGUAGAUGGGUAAAAAUAAAAAAGCAGACAUUGAAUAUCCCUUUGAGCAUGGUGAAGUUAUUAAUUACACUUUAGAUGGUGUAUCAAUACACCCAGUCACUACAAAGAUACAGGAGUCCUUCCUAACUCCGUUGCCGGGGAGGAAGGAAACUUCUCAGAGAUUUCACCAUGAGGCCAGUGGUGACUUUAAAACAGUAACAGUUUAAUGGCUGUGAUAGGAGAACUGAGGAUGGAUCAAGAACAUUAUAGUUACUCCACAAUACUAACAUAUUUGACAGAGUGAAAAUGAAGCCUGUACAGAAUAAAAAAUAUUCCAAAACAUGCAUCCUGUUUGCAACAAGGCACUAAAGUAAUACUGCAAAAACUUUUUGUCCUGAAUACAAAGUGUUAUGUUUGGGCAAAUCCAAUACAACACAUUACUGGGUACCACUCUCCAUCUUUUCAAGCAUAGUGGUGGCUGCAUCAUGUUAUGGGUGUGCUUGUAAUCAUUAAGGACUGGGAAGUUUUUCAGGAUAAAAAAGAAACGGAUCUACGCACAGUUUUGACUUAAAUCUACUUGAAAAUAUUUGUCAAGACCUGAAAAUGGUCGUCUCUCAAUGAUCAACAACCAAUUUGACAGAGCUUGAAGAAUUUUGGAAAGAAUAAUAAUGGGUAAAUGUUAAACAAUCAGGAGCAAUCCAGGUGUCGAAAGCUCUUAGAGACUUACCCAGAAAGACAGCAAAAAUAUUAUAAUAAUAAUCUAAAAACAUGUUUUUACUGUGUCCAUUAUGGGGUACUGUGUGUAGAUGGGUGAGAAAAAAUAUUACAUUGAUGGAAGUUACAAUCUAUCUGCAAUAUUAAAGUUGAUCUACCCCCUAAAAAAAAAAAAAAGGUUUUUGUGAAGAUGGGGAGAGGUAUGUCUGUUAUAAAAAUAUGUUUUUGACACAAAGAUCAACUGUACUAGUUCAGGCUCUGGUCUUGUCCCAUCUUGAUUACUGUCCGGUAAUAUGGUCAGGGUGCAGCAAAGAAAGACCUAGCAAAGCUGCAGCUGGCUCAAAACAGAGCAGCACGUCUUGCCCUUAACUGCACACACAGAACUAACAUCAACAACAUGCAUGAUAGUCUUUCUUGGUUGAGGAGAAAUGGACGACUUCUCUUCUAGUCUUUUUAAGAAACAUUUGUGUGUUGAAAAUGCCUAAUCACUUGUAACCACUUCCCACCAGACACACCACUAUGGGUUUCUUCACGGUAGCCAUUUCCUUUCUUCAAUCAAAUUUGCCUAGACCUACUGCCACGUUUGCAGGUUGUUAGCUAUCUAGGUAACAUGACUGAACAACGUUGUUUGUUAUCAAACCAAUAAGUAGAUACGCAGGAUUAGUUUAAAAACGGCCUGCGACAUUGUUUGUAAAUUAUAUAAUGUAAAAUGCGUGCGAAAUCGCGCAGGAAGAAGAAAAAAAAAAAGGUAGUUCUGGUAAUAUGGGUGAUAUUGUUUUUAGCUAAAGACAUGCCGGUUUUCUUUGCUGUGAAGCUGCAAGCAUGCCUGUUGUGAAGCUGUGUCCAUUUCCUCUCUGCCAGAGGCUGCGUGACAGUGAACUUGCAAUUUCAAAGCCUACUCAGACUGGCCUGUGCGAUGCGCAUGAAAGUGAAGUGGACAUUAUUGGAUUGGCACAUACAAGACACUAGGUCAGAUUUGGCUUACUAGGCUACUUUGAAGCAAGCUCAUAAUAUGAGAUAAAGCAUUCAGGUUUCAAACAAAUAAGGAUGUUUUAGCAAAUUUAUAAAAAUUAAAAAACAUACCUUAUUUACAUAAGUAUUCAGACCUUUUGCUAUGAGACUUGAAAUGGAGCUCAGAUGCAUCUUGUUUCCAUUGAUCAUCCUUGAUGUUUCUACAACUUGAUUGGAGUCCACCUGUGGUAAAUUCAAUUGAUUGGACAUGACAUGGAAAGGCACACACCUGUCUAUGUAAUGUCCCACAGUUGAUAGUGCAUGUCAGAGCAAAAACCAAGCCAUAAGGUCGAAGGAAUUGUCCAUAGAGCUCCGAGACAGGAUUAUGUUGAGGCACAGAUCUGGGGAAGGGUACCGAAAAAUGUCUGCAGCAUUGAAGGUCCCCAAGAACACAGUGUUGCAGCCUUACCGCAAAAGUGGAAGAGGAAAGUUGAAGGGGGAGAAAGUAAGGAACUUGUCUGUCGGCCUUGCAUUAAAGAACAUAAUUGGUUAAGGAAAACUGUGAUAAAUAAAAAAGUAUAUCAGUUUCACUUAAGGACCAAAGGAUUGACAGCCGUCCCAUAUAGAUUGCAAAAUAGUUGGGAAGAGAUCUUUGACGUACCGAUCCAUUACAUUUACAUUUACAUUUUAGUCAUUUAGCAGACGCUCUUAUCCAGAGCGACUUACAGGAGCAAUUAGGGUUAAGUGCCUUGCUCAAGGGCACAUUAACGUCAUUUAGCAGACGCUCUUAGCCAGAGCGACUCACAAAUUGGUGCGUUCACCCUAUAGCCAGUGGGAUAACCACUUUAUCUAUCCCAUGGCAUAGUGUUUAUGAACUGACACGCAAAAUGACACCGGAUUCAAAAAUUAGAAUCUUUCAAUUUAAAUUAUUAUAUAAAAUUCUUGCUACCAAUAGAAUGUUAUUUAUAUGGGGGAUACAAUCUUCCCAGCUCUGCAGGUUUUGCUGUGAAGAGACAAAAUCAUUAGAUCAUUUGUUUUGGUUCUGUCCAUUUGUAGCUUGUUUUUGGACACAGGUCCAGGAAUGGCUAAAGGAUUGCAAUAUUUACCUGGAACUAACCUUGCAGAUCGCAUUACUGGGUGAUCUGAAAAAUCAUAGUCAAUCAAUCAAUAAUAUAAUACUUUUAGCAAAAAUGUUUAUUUUUAAUUCACAAUCUGUAGAAGCAAUGAGAAUAGAAAGGUUCAGAAUUUUUGUAAAACAUCACAGUACGGUCGAAAUAUAUAUGGCAAAUAGAAAUCCUAUAUGGAUGGUGUUAAGAGAUAGAUGGGAGGUAUUGAAUAGAGUUGAAGGAUGGGACUAAUAACAAAUAACAACAAAUAAUAACAAAGAUAGCUAAUAAUGUAAGCAUACUGUGUCCAUAAUAAGUAUAUAGGUUGUAUGUUGGGAGCUUUUGGGAAGGAGCACAGUUAGAAAGAUAUGGCAUAUAGAAGCAAACCGGAUGGACAUCAUGAAAAUGAUGGGAGAGGUUGAGAGUAGAAGAAGUUCAGGAGCAAAAAAAGUAUUAUAUAUAUAUAUAUAUAUAUAUAUAUAUAUAUAUAUAUAUAUAUAUAUAUAUAUAUAUAUAUAUAUAUAUAUAUAUAUAUAUAUAUAUAUAUAUAUAUAAUAGAAUUAUUGUAAAAUUAACUCUGUCCAUAAGGUGUAGAUAGUAAGUAUAGACCGGAAAUAGAGGCCUGGGCAUUGUUGUUCACUAAUUUACUCCAAGUAGGGAAAGGAUGGUGGGGUUGAAAAGUAAUAAAGGGGAGUAUAUAUAUAAAAAAUAAAAAACAUGGGGAUUUGGAAGUGAUGCAGACAAUUACAUUGAUAGAUUGUAUCUUCUAUCUGCAAUAUUAAGCUGAUCCAUUCCCCCUAAAAAAUAAAUAAAAAAUUAACACAGUGUCCUCCAUCAUUCUUAAAUGGAAGACGUUUGGAACCACCAAGACUCUUCCUAGAGCUGGCCGCCCGGCCAAACUGAGCAAUCAGGGAGAAGAGCAUUGGUCAGUGAGGUGACCGAGAACCCGAUGGUCACUCUGACAGAGCUCCAGAGUUCCUCUUUGGAGAUGGGAGAACCUUCCAGAAGGACGACAACCAUCUCUGCAGCAGUCCACCAAUCAGGCCUUUAUGGUAGAGUGGCCAGACAGAAGCCAAUCCUCAGUAAAAGGCACGUGACAGCCCACUUGGAGUUUGCCAAAAGACACCUAAAGGAUUCUCAGACCAUGAGAAACAAGAUUCUCUGGUCUGAUGAAAUCAAGAUUGAACUAUUUGGCCUGAAUGCCAAUUGUCACGUCUGGAGGAAACCUGGCACCAUCCCUACGGAGAAGCAUGGUGGUGGCAUCAUCAUGCUGUGGGGAUGUUUUUCAGCGGCAGGGACUGGGAGACUAGUCAGGAUUGAGGGAAAGCUGAACAGAGCAAAGUACAGAGUGAUCCUUGAUGAAAACCUGCUCCAGAGCGCUCAGGAGCUCAGACUGGGGCGAAGGUUCACCUUCCAACAGCACACAGCCAAGACAACGCAGAAGUGGCUUUGGGACAAGUCUCUGAAUGUCCUUGAGUGGCCCAGCCAGAGCCCGGACUUGAACCCGAUCGAAUAUCUCUGGAGAGACCUGAAAAUCGCUGUGCAGUGAUGCUCCCCGUCCAACCUGACAGCGCUUGAGAGGAUCUACAGAGCAGAAUGGGAGAAACUCCCCAAAUACAGGUGUGCCAGACUUGUAGCGUCAUACCCAAGAAGACUUGAGGCUGUAAUCGCUGCCAAAGGUGCUUCAACAAAGUACUGAGUAAAGGGUCUGAAUACUUAUGGAAAUGUAAUAUUUACGUUUUUUUAUUUUGAAUACAUUUACAAAAAUGUCUAAAAACCUGUUUUUGCUUUGUCAUUAUGGGGUAUUGUGUGUAGAUUGAUGAGGGGGUAAAACUAUUUAAUCUAUUUUAGAAAAAGGCUGUAACUUAACAAAGUGGAAAAAGUCAAGGGGUCUGAAUACUUUACGAAUGCACUGUAAAUGGUGAAUGAGAGGCGCUCUUCAAUUACCAGUUGAGAAAUAAAAAUAGAAAAUCUAUUUUUAAUCGUGCACCAAAGCGGUUUUUAACACCCGAUUGCGCAUUUUAGAGUUGUUGUGCAAUGAAUGGGUUUAGAAAAGCAUGUUUUGAGGAGCUGCAGGAGAAAUCCCUCUCAGAGUAGGCUCUGUGUGAGUGUUUAUAGUUGUGUUGGAUAAAUAAGAUGCAUGAUGAUUAACGAAAAUACACACAGGCCAAUUUAAUUCCACUAAAAUUAUGCAAAUGCACCUAUAAACCGAUAAGCAUGAUGGUCAAAUGUAUUUCCAUCGACUGGUAUUUCCAUCAAUGAAUAAAAAGCAUUAUUUUGCAAUAGGAUUUUGCAAUAGUAUAAACCCUGCGUGGUACCGGUAUAAACCCUGCGUGGUACCGGUAUAAACCCUGCGUGGUACCGGUAUAAACCCUGCGUGGUACCGGUAUAAACCCUGCGUGGUACCGGUAUAAACCCUGCGUGGUACCGGUAUAAACCCUGCGUGGUACCGGUUACCAUGCAACACUAAACACACGUUCUCUCUCCCCCCUCCAGUAUCAGUGAGAGCUUCCUGACAGUGAAAGGCGCCGCCCUCUUCCUGCCCCGGGGAAAUGGCUCCUCCCCUAGCUCCGCCUCCCGCUUCUCUCAGCUCCGCAGCAAACAUGCAGGUACAGUACGGAGUACAGACAUCAAGGGGCAUUAUGGGAAAACGGAGCACGGUAGCUUCAUGUUCAGUCAAUGAAAUGUUUUUUUUAUAAAUCCCUUUUUACAUUAGCAGAUGUCACAACUAGAGGACAGUAGGCCCGGGACAAUACCAGUUUCGCAAUAUUGCUCCUUUGCUGAAUGUAAAAUAUUGCUAUAUCUUAAAAAAUAAAUGUGACUCUUGAGGACAACAUAAUGAUGGGCUGUUUUCCUAAAGAAGUUAAAUCCGCUUUGUGUUUUUGUUUCCUUGCCACGAUACUAACAAAUAUCGCGAUACUGGUAUCGUCCCGGUCCUAUUGUACAGUUACCCACCCUAGACCCAGCAGAAGCACAGUGGCCAGGAGAAGCUAAGGCACGGUGGCCAGGAGAAGCUAAGGCACGGUGGCCAGGAGAAGCUAAGGCACGGUGGCCAGGAGAAGCUCCAUAAUUCAGCUUUUAAUGAGUUAGAACUGCCGAAGGGGAGAUGGAUGUAGAAAUGCCAGUGAUAAAGCAUUAGUGGGACUAAAGAGAAAAGAUUAUCUGAUUUAGCAUUUACUAUUGAGCAGAUAUGCUAAUUGUACUCUAAAUGCCAUAAGGACGCUAACAAGGAAUGGUUAUUGAUAAUGAGGACACACAGCAACGUUAACUGUGUGUGUGUCUAGGUGAUCUCCAGCAGCACCUGCAGACCAUGUUCACUCUCCUCCGACCAGAGGACAACAUCAAACUGGUGAGUACACGCACACACAAACACACACACGCACACACAAACACACACAAUAGCCCUCUAACCAAUUGUACUAUUAUGUGUGUUUUUUUCGCGUUAUUUGUAAUUUAUUCUGUACAUAAUGUUUCUGCCAUCGUCUCUUAUAACCAAAAAGAGCUUCUGGAUAUCAGGACAGCGAUUACUCACCUCGUAUUGGACGAAGAUUUUUUUAUUCAACGAGUCGGACGCGAAGGAUAUCCUACAGACACCCGACAAGGCCCAAAUCCCUGUCAUUCGCAAGAGAAAGAGAUGGAGAUAUCGUGGACGUAGGUCGGGGUGCCUUGUAAGGAUCCGACGGCGAGCGAGUAAACUGCCUCUUCCAUCAAUCCUAUUAGCAAAUCUUCAAUCAUUGGAAAGUAAAUUAGAUGACCUAAGAUUACGAUUAUCCUACCAACGGGACAUUAAAAACUGUAAUAUCUUAUGUUUCACCGAGUCGUGGCUGAACGACGACAUGGACAACAUACAGCUAGCGGGCUAUACGCUACAUGGGCAGGAUAGAACGGCUGACUCCGGUAAGACAAGGGGUGGCGGUCUGUGUAUAUUUGUAAACAACAGCUGGUGCACAAAAUCAAAUACUAAGGAAGUCUCAAGGUUUUGCUCGCCUGAGGUAGAGUAUCUUAUGAUAAGCUGUAGACCAAACUAUUUACAAAGAGAGUUUUCAUCUAUAUUUUUCAUAACUGUCUAUUUACCACCACAAACCAAUGCUGGCAUUAAGAUUGCACUCAAUGAGCUGUAUAAGGCCAUAAGUAAACAGGAAAACGCUCAUCCAGAGGCAGCGCUCCUAGUGGCCGGGGACUUUAAUGCAGGGACACUUAAAUCCGUUCUACCUCAUUUCUACCAGCAUGUUAAAUGUGCAACCAGAGGAAAAAAAACUCUAGACCACCUUUACUCCACACACAGAGAUGCAUACAAAGCUCUCCCUCGCCCUCCAUUUUGCAAAUCUGACCAUAACUCUAUCCUCCUGAUUCCUGCUUAUAAGCAAAAACUAAAGCAGGAAGCACCAGUGACUCGGUUAAUAAAAAAGUGGUCAGACGACGCAGAUGCUAUGCUACAGGACUGUUUUGCUAGCACAGACUGGAACAUGUUCCGGGAUUCUUCAGAUAGCAUUGAGGAGUACACCACAUCAGUCACUGGCUUCAUCAAUAAGUGCAUUGAUGAUGUCGUCCCCACAGUGACCGUACGUACAUACCCCAACCAGAAGCUAUGGAUUACAGGCAACAUCCGCACUGAGCUAAAGGGUAGAGCUGCCGCUUUCAAGGAGCGGGACUCUAACCCGGACGCUUAUAAGAAAUCCCGCUAUGCCCUCCGACGAACCAUCAAACAGGCAAAGAGUCAAUACAGGACUAAGAUUGAAUCGUACUACACCGGCUCUGACGCUCGUCGGAUGUGGCAGGGCUUGAAAACGGAUUACCAGGACAUGUACUCCGAGCAUGUGCUAACCAACUGGCAAGUGUCUUCACUGACAUUUUCAACCUCUCCCUGUCUGAGUCUGUAAUACCAACAUGUUUCAAGCAGACCACCAUAGUCCCCGUGCCCAAGGACACUAAGAUAACCUGCCUAAAUGACUACCGACCCGUAGCACUCACGUCUGUAGCCAUGAAGUGCUUUGAAAGGCUGGUCAUGGCUCACAUCAAUACCAUUAUCCCAGAAACCCUAGACCCACUUCAAUUUGCAUACUGCCACAACAGAUCCACAGAUGAUGCAAUCUCUAUUGCACUCCACACUGCCCUUUCCCACCUGGACAAGAGGAACACCUACGUGAGAAUGCUAUUCAUUGACUACAGCUCAGCGUUCAACACCAUAGUGCCCUCAAAGCUCAUCACUAAGCUAAGGAUCCUGGGACUAAACACAUCCCUCUGCAACUGGAUCCUGGACUUCCUGACGGGCCGCCCCCAGGUGGUAAGGGUAGGUAACAACACAUCUGCCACGCUGAUCCUCAACACGGGGGCCCCUCAGGGGUGCGAGCUCUGUCCCCUCCUGUACUCCCUGUUCACCCAUGACUGCAUGGCCACGCACGACUCCAACACCAUCAUUAAGUUUGCCGACGACACAACAGUGAUAGGCCUGAUCACCGACAACGAUGAGACAGCCUAUAGGGAGGAGGUCAGAGACCUGGCCGUGUGGUGCCAGGAUAACAACCUCUCCCUCAACGUGACCAAGACAAAGGAGAUGAUCGUGGACUACAGGAAAAAAAAAGAGGACUGAGCACGCCCCCAUUCUCAUCGACGGGGCUGUAGUGGAACAGGUUGAGAGCUUCAAGUUCCUUGGUGUCCAUAUCACCAAUGAACUAUCAUGGUCCAAACACACCAAGACAGCUGUGAAGAGGGCAUGACAAAGCCUAUUCCCCCUCAGGAGACUGAAAAGAUUUGGCAUGGGUCCUCAGAUCCUCAAAAAAUUAUACAGCUGCACCAUCGAGAGCAUCCUGACUGGUUGCAUCACCGCCUGGUAUGGCAACUGCUCGGCCUCCGACCGCAAGGCACUACAGAGGGUAGUGCGUACGGCCCAGUACAUCACUGGGGCAAAGCUUCCUGCCAUCCAGGACCUCUAAACCAGGCGGUGUCAGAGGAAGGCCCUCAAAAUUGUCAAAGACUCCAGCCACCCUAGUCAUAGACUGUUCUCUCUGCUACCGCACGGAAAGCGGUACCGGAGGGCCAAGUCUAGGUCCAAAAGGCUUCUCAACAGCUUCUACCCCCAAGCCAUAAGACUCCUGAACAGCUAAUCAUGGCUACCCGGUCUAUUUGCACUGCCCCCCCCCCACCCCCACCCCAUCUUUUUACGCUGCUGCUACUCUGUUAAUUAUUUAUGCAUAGUCACUUUAACUCUACCCACAUGUACAUAUUACCUCAACUAGCCGGUGCCCCCGCACAUUGACUCUGCACCGGCACCCCCCUGUAUAUAGCCUCCCUACUGUUAUUUUAUUUUACUUCUGCUCUUUUUUUCUCAACACUUUGUUGUUGUUUUAUUUUACUUUUUUAUUAAAAAAUAAAUGCAUUGUUGGUUAAGGGCUGUAAGUAAGCAUUUCACGGUAAUGUCUACACCUGUUGUAUUCGGCGCAUGUGGCAAAUUAAAAUUUGAUUUGAUUUGAAAAUACAAACAUUGUUCUCUUCAAUAAUCAAGAUCUGGUCUUCACACCUCCACCUCUCCUUCACACCUCCCUCCCUCUCUCCCUCUCUCUCCUCCCUCUAGGCAGUACGGUUGGAGAGUACCUUAUACCAGGGGACUCGCUACAUGGUAGUGGUCUCCACUAACGGCCGCCAGGACACAGAGGAGAGCCUGGUACUGGGCAUGGACUUCAGCCCGACAGACAGGUGUGUAUGUGUGUGUGUGUGUGUGCGUGCGUGCGUGCGGACACAGAGACAGGUGUGUGUGCGUGCAUUUAUGCAGACACAGAUCGUAUUGGGCAUGGACUAUCAUAGAACAAUGUUGUAUGUUCCAGCUCGUGCUUGGUGGGGCUGGUUCUACCCCUAUGGAGCGACACACUGAUACACCUGGAUGGAGACGGGUAAGAAUGUCUCUCACAUACACAUAUAAUGACAGGACAGACCAACAGACUCAUCUUGACAGAUGUAUGGUUCAGUAUGGUUCAGAGGAGUUUGACUGCUUAUUUGACCCUCUCCCUCCAUCUCUCCCCUCCCUCUCCUCUCCCUUUCUCUCUCCUUUCCUUUACCCCCUCUCUCUCUCUCCCUCUUGUUUUUCCUCUCUCUCUCUGUCAGGGGUUUCAGUGUGUCCACUGAUAACAGGGUCCAUGUAUUCAAGCCUGUGUCAGUGCAGGCCAUGUGGUGAGUACAACUUUUUUAGGUCUUCACAUUUUCAAUAUGCAAUUUUUUUGGUGUUACCUAGUGUUUUCUGAUACAUCAUCUCUUAUUAGUUUACCUUGCAUUCCAUUUACCCUUAAUCUUAAUAUCUCAAUGUCCCACCAAUGAUCAAUUUCACAUUCCUCACAUUCCCUCUCUUCUCCCGCUCUUCUCCGUCUACCCCUCUCUCCAUCCAUUUCUCCCCUCUCUUCUCCUCUCUACUCCCAUUUCUCUCUUUCUCCCCUCUCUCAUUUCUCUCUCACCUCUUUCCAUUUUCUCUCUUUCUCACCUCUCUCCAUUUCACUCUCUCUUCUCCCUCCACCCCUCUCUCUCCAUUUCUCUCUUUUCCUCUCUCCAUUUCUCUCUUUCUCCUCUCUCUCCCUCUCCUCUCUCUCCAUUUCUCUCCCCUCUCCUCUCUCCACCCCUCUCUCUCCUCUCCCCUCUCCCAGGUCCGCUCUGCAGUCGCUCCACAAGGCGUGUGAGGUGGCUCGUUGCCAUAACUACUACCCCGGCAGCCUUUUCCUGACCUGGGUCAGCUACUACCAGAGCCGGGUCUCCUCUGACCCAAUCACGCAUCAACGAGUGGAACGCCAUGCAGGACGUCCAAUCACAUCGUGCCGACUCUCCCGUGCUCUUCUCUGAUGUGUGAGUGUCACAAACACGCUACAUAACGUGUGGGACUGUUUCAAGUUUAUUUUCCAACAUGUCUUGUUAAUAAAUUGGUAAUCUGAAUCACUUGAUAAACGCAUUAAAAACAGAUGCACACAAACCUACCAUUAAAAUUAUAGACUGAUAUUUUCUUUGUCAGUGGGCAAAACGUACAAAAUCAGCAGGGGAUCAAAUACUUUUUCCCCUGACUGUAGCUAUCCAUAUGUGACUCAUAAUAAUCUAGCUAGCCAGCUAGUUAAACAGGCAAAAAUGACCUAUAAAUAAUGUUAUGCAAGGUAGAUGUAAAUUCUUUGUGAAUAGCUACAAUAGCUAGCUAACUGUAGUAGCUAGCCAGUUAGCCCUAUUGACUUACCAUGGAAUUGCAAUCAUGAACACUACAGUGGGUAUUGUAGGCAGGUAAACAUGCCAAAAUUAACACAGUAUGUAUUUAUUAAUGUAUUAAGAUAAACUAUUGUAGUCAGGAAACAUGAGAUGUGAAUGGGCGACAUUUCAUUCUGAAAACUUGAGUUUUUCUCUCUUGUCGUUUUUUACGUGGUUGCGUCAUAUUUCCGUUGAAGCUUGGGGUGGCGAUUUAUAGGAGUACGUGGUCAUUAAGGCCAGAUCGUUCUUCAAGAUGUUCAUAAAUUACCAGCAGGGUGAAAUUAUAAUCACAGUAGUUGUAGAGGGUGCAACAGGAUCAGCACCUCAGGAUUAAAUGUCAGUUGGCUUUUCAUAGCCUCGCUCCCUCUCCAUGCUCGGCUAUGUGCACACUGCCCACAAAAUGAGGUGGAAACUGAGCUGCACUUCCUAACCUCCUGCCAAAUGUAUGACCAUAUUAGAGACACAUAUUUCCCUCAGAUUACAGCGAUCCACAAGAGAAUUCGAAAACAAACCCAAUGUUGAUAAACUCCCUUAUCUACUGGGUGAAAAACCACAGUGUGCCAUCACAGCUGCAAGAUUUGUGACCUGUUGCCACAAGAAAAGGGCAACCAGUGAAGAACAAACACCAUUGUAGAUACAACCCAUAUUUAUGUUUAUUUAUUUUCCCAUUUGUACUUUAACUCUUUGCACAUUGUUACAACACUGUAUAUAUACAUAAUAUGACAUUUGAAAUGUCUUUAUUCUUUUGGAACUUCUGAGUGUAAUGUUUACUGUUAAUAUUUAUUGUUUAUUUCACUUUUGUUUACUAUCUACUUCACUUGCUUUGGCAAUGUAACAUACAGUUGAAGUAGGAAGUUUACAUACACUUUAGCCAAAUAGAUUUUAACUCAGUUUUUCACAAUUCCUGACAUUUAAUCCUAGUAAAAAUUCCCUGUUUUAGGUCAGUUAGGAUCACCACUUUAUUUUAAGAAUGUGAAAUGUCAGAAUAAUAGUAGAGAAAAUUAUAUAUUUCAGCUUUUAUUUCUUUCAUCACAUUCCCAGUGGGUCAGAACUUUACAUACACUCAAUUAGUAUUUGGUAGCAUUGCCUUUAAAUUGUUUAACUUGGGUCAAACACAAGCUUCCCACAAUAAGUUGGGUGAAUUUUGGCCCAUUCCUCCUGACAGAGCUGGUGUAACGGAGUAAGGUUUGUAGGCCUCCUUGCUCGCACAUGCUUUUUCAGUUCUGCCCACAAAUAUUCUAUAGGAUUGAGGUCAGGGCUUUGUGAUGGCCACUCCAAUACCUUGACUUUGUUGUCCUUAAGCCAUUUUGCCACAACUUUGGAAGUAUGCUUGGGGUCAUUGUCCAUUUGGAAGACCCAUUUGCGACCAAGCUUUAACUUCCUGACUGAUGUCUUGAGAUGUUGCUUCAAUAUAUCCACAUAGUUUUCCUUCCUCAUGAUGCCAUCUAUUUUGUGAAGUGCACCAGUCCCUCCUGCAGCAAAGCACCCCCACAGCAUGAUGCUGCCACCCCCAUGCUUCACGGUUGGGAUGGUGUUCUUCAGCUUGCAAGCGUCCUCUUUUUUCCUCCAAACAUAACGAUGGUCAUUAUGGCCAAACAGUUCUAUUUUUGUUUCAUCAGACCAGAGGACAUUUCUCCAAAAAGUACGAUCUUUGUCCCCAUGUGCAGUUGCAAACCAUAGUCUGGCUUUUUUAUGGCGGUUUUGGAGCAGUGGCUUCUUCCUUGUUGAGUGGCCUUUCAGGUUAUGUCGAUAUAGGACUCGUUUUACUGUGGAUAUAGAUACUUUUGUACCUGUUUCCUCUAGCAUCUUCACAAGGUCCUUUGCGUUUGUUCUGGGAUUGAUAUGCACUUUUCGCACCAAAGUACGUUCAUCUCUAGGAGACAGAACGCGUCUCCUUCCUGAGCGGUAUGACGGGUGCGUGGUCCCAUGGUAUUUAUACUUGCAUACUAUUGUUUGUACAGAUGAACGUGGUACCUUCAGGCGUUUGGAAAUUGCUCCCAAGGAUGGACCAGACUUGUGGAGGUCAAAAAAAAAAAGUUCUGAGGUCUUGGCUGAUUUCUUUUGAUUUUCCCAUGAUGUCAAGCAAAGAGGCACUGAGUUUGAAGGUAGGCCUUGAAAUACAUCCACAGGUACACCUCCAAUUGACUCAAAUUAUGUCAAUUAGCCUAUCAGAAGCUUCUAAAGCCAUGACAUCAUUUUCUGGAAUUUUCCAAGCUGUUUAAAGUCACAGUCAACUUAGUGUAUGUAAACUUCUGACCCACUGGAAUUGUGAUACAGUGAAUUAUAAGUGAAAUAAUCUGUCUGUAAACAAUUGUUGGAAAAAUUACUUGUCACGCACAAAGUAGAUGUCCUAACCGACUUGCCAAAACUAUAGUUUGUUAACAAGACAUUUGUGGAGUGGUUGAAAAACGAGUUUUAAUGACUCCAACCUAAGUGUAUGUAAACUUCCGACUUCAACUGUACGUUUCCCAUGCCAAUAAAGCCCUUAAAUUUAAAAUUUAAUUGAAUAGAGGGGAGGGAGCGGUGGGAGAGGGGAGAGGAGAGGGGGAGGUGGAGGGAGAGGAGAGGGGGAGGUGGAGGGAGAGGGAGAGGGGGCGGUGGAGGGAGAGGAGAGGGGGAGGUGGAGGAGGAGAGGGGAGUGGGGAGGGAGGUGGGGGAGGAGGGGGGGAGGAGAGGAGAGGAGGAGGAGAGGGGGCGGUGGAGGAGGAGAGGGGGAGGAAGAGGGGAGGAGGAGAGGAGAGGUGGGACGAGGGGCGAGAAGGGGGGGGGGGAGGGGGGAGGAGAGGAUGAGGGGACGGAUGGAGAGAGAGAGGUGGAGAGGGGGAGGUGGGGAGGAGGAGAGGGGGAGAGGUAUUUGUAUUUAUUACGGUCCCCAUUAGCGGCUGCCAAGGCAGCAGCUACUCUUCCUGGGGGUCCAACCACAAUUUACAUACAAUAAACCAAUACAUAACACAACACCUUAUACACACUAUUCUACCAUAACAUAUUUACAUACAAAAUCAACCAAUACAGCAAAAUAACAAUAUUAAAUGUGUUGUGUGUAGAGUGGCUGGUGUUUAGAAGGUGUUUUGCGAAUGCUGUGUGUGUGUGUGUGUGUGUGUCUUCCCAGUCCAUAAAGUGUAAUUGUAUCUGUUUUUUAAGAGGUAGAGGUAGAUGGAGUGGAAAACAGCAGAUCCGGGACAGGGUAGCAUGUCUUGUGAACAGGUCAUGGUUCCAGAGCCACAGGAAAAACAGCAGCAACUGGAUCAGCACCACGACCAGGUGGACUGGGGACGGGGAGAGCCAGGAGUCAUCAGGCCAGGUAGUCCUGAGGCAGGGUGCUAGGGCUCAGGUCCUCCGGGAGAGAAAUGGGAGAAUUAGAAGGAGCAUACUUAAGUUCACACAGGACACCAGAUAAGACAGGAGAAUUUCACCAGAUAGGACAGACUGACCCUAGCCCUCCGGCACAUAGACUAUUGCAGCAUAGAUACUGGAGACUGAGACAGGGGGGGGAUGACACUGUGGCCCUCUCUGACGAUAGCCCUGGACAGGGCCAACCAGGCAGGAUAUAACCCCACCCACUUUGCCAAAGCACUACCCUGAGACGAGACUGAGCCCACGAAGAUCUCCUCCACCGCACGAGCCAGAGGGGGCGCAAAACCGGACCGGAAGAUCACGUCAGUGACUCAACCCACUCGAGUCGAGUAUAGAGGAAAAAAGCCUGGCACGACGUGACGCACCCCUCCUAGGGACGGCAUGGAAGAGCACUAGUAAGCCAGUGACUCAGACCCCGUAAUAGGGCCAGAGGCAGAGAAUCCCAGUGGAGAGAGAGGAGCCGGCCAGGCAGAGACAGCAAGGCUGGUUCAUCACUCCAGUGCCUUGCCGAUCACCUUCGCACCCCUGGGCCUGACUACACUCAAUCAUAGGACCCACUGAAGAGAUGAGUCUUCAGUAAAGACUGAAAGACAGCGUCUGCGUCUCUCACAUGGAUAGGCAGAGCAUUCCAUAAAAAUGGAGCUCUGUAGGAGAAAGCCCUGCCUCCAGCUGUUUGCUUAGAAAUUCUAGGGUCAAUAAGGAGGCCUGCGUCUUGUGACCGUAGCGUACGUGUAGGUAUGUACCUGUGGUCCUCUGUAGCUCAAUUGGUAGAGCACGGCGCUUGUUACGCCAGGGUAGUGGGUUCGAUCCCCGGGACCACCCAUACUGCUAAAUGGCAUAUUAUUAUUAUUAUUAUUAUGUACGGGCAGGACCAAAUCGGAGAGAUAGGUUGGAGCAAGUCCAUGUAAUGCUUUGUAGGUUAGCGGUAAAACCUUGAGAGAAAAAAAAAACGUCCACUGCCCGCUAUGUGUUUCCAGGCCGACAGAGAGAGAGAAAACGGAGCGGCUGAUCAAGACUCGUCUGAGAGAGAUCAUGGUACAGAAAGACUUGGAGAAUGUCACCUGCAAAGAGGUGUGUUCAUGCAUAACAUGCCGUCUUCAUUUUCAUAUUCUGUCGUGUUAGUGUGUGUAUGAAACCCGUGUGUUCUCUCCUAGAUCCGCAGUGUUAGUGUGUGGAUGAAACCUGUGUGUUCUCUCCUAGAUCCGCAGUGUUAGUGUGUGGAUGAAACCUGUGUGUUCUCUCCCAGAUCCGCAGUGUUAGUGUGUGUAUGAAACCUGUGUGUUCUCUCCUAGAUCCGCACAGAGCUGGAGGUACACAUGGUGUGUAACCUCCGUGAGUUUAAGGAGUACAUAGACAACGAGAUGAUCCUGAUCCUGGGCCAGAUGGACAGUCCCACUGAGAUAUUCGACCACGUUUACCUGGUAGGUCUGCCUGGCUUUCUCUUCUGUCUUUUUCUCUUGUAAGAUAUAAAUACACUUUAUGGAACAGCGGGGACUGUGAAGCAACACACACAUAGGCACAGACACAUGCAUACACACACAUGAUAACAUACGCACUAUACACACACCUACACAUGGAUUUUGUGUUAUAGAUAUGUGGUAGUAGAGUAGGGGCCUGAGGGCACACACUUGGUGUGUUGUGAAUUACAUUGGGGCAAAAAAGUAUUUAGUCAGCCACCAAUUGUGCAAGUUCUCCCACUUAAAAAGAUGAGAGAGGCCUGUACAUUUCAUCAUAGGUACACGUCAACUAUGACAGACAAAAUGAGAAAAAAAAUUCCAGAAAAUCACAUUGUAGGAUUUUUUAUGAAUUUAUUUGCAAAUUAUGGUGGAAAAUAAGUAUUUGGUCAAUAACAAAAGUUUCUCAAUACUUUGUUAUAUACCCUUUGUUGGCAAUGACACAGGUCAAAUGUUUUCUGUAUGUCUUCACAAGGUUUUCAUACACUGUUGCUGGUAUUUUGGCCCAUUCCUCCAUGCAGAUCUCCUCUAGAGCAGUGAUGUUUUGGGGCUGUCGCUGGGCAACACGUACUUUCAACUCCCUCCAAAGAUUUUCUAUGGGGUUGAGAUCUGGAGACUGGCUAGGCCACUCCAGGACCUUGAAAUGCUUCUUACGAAGCCACUCCUUCGUUGCCCGGGCGGUGUGUUUGGGAUCAUUGUCAUGCUGAAAGACCCAGCCACGUUUCAUCUUCAAUGCCCUUGCUGAUGGAAGGAGGUUUUCACUCAAAAUCUCACGAUACAUGGCCCCAUUCAUUCUUUCCUUUACACAAAUCAGUCGUCCUGGUCCCUUUGCAGAAAAACAGCCCCAAAGCAUGAUGUUUCCACCCCCCAUGCUUCACAGUAGGUAUGGUGUUCUUUGGAUGCAACUCAGCAUUCUUUGUCCUCCAAACACGACAAGUUGAGUUUUUUACCAAAAAGUUCUAUUUUGGUUUCAUAUGACAUUCUCCCAAUCCUCUUCUGGAUCAUCCAAAUGCACUCUAGCAAACUUCAGACGGGCCUGGACAUGUACUGGCUUAAGCAGGGGGACACGUCUGGCACUGCAUGAUUUGAGUCCCUGGCGGCGUAGUGUGUUACUGAUGGUAGGCUUUGUUACUUUGGUCCCAGCUCUCUGCAGGUCAUUCACUAGGUCCCCCCGUGUGGUUCUGGGAUUUUUGCUCACCGUUCUUGUGAUCAUUUUGACCCCACGGGGUGAGAUCUUGCGUGGAGCCCCAGAUCGAUGGAGAUUAUCAGUGGUCUUGUAUGUCUUCCAUUUCCUAAUAUUUGCUCCCACAGUUGAUUUCUUCAAACCAAGCUGCUUACCUAUUGCAGAUUCAGUCUUCCCAGCCUGGUGCAGGUCUACAAUUUUGUUUCUGGUGUCCUUUGACAGCUCUUUGGUCUUGGCCAUAGUGGAGUUUGGAGUGUGACUGUUUGAGGUUGUGGACAGGUGUCUUUUAUACUGAUAACAAGUUCAAACAGGUGCCAUUAAUACAGGUAACAAGUGGAGGACAGAAGAGCCUCUUAAAGAAGAAGUUACAGGUCUGUGAGAGCCAGAAAUCUUGCUUGUUUGUAGGUGACCAAAUACUUAUUAUCCACCAUAAUUUGCAAAUAAAUUCAUUAAAAAUCCUACAAUGUGAUUUUCUGGAAUUUGUUUUCUCAAUUUGUCUGUCAUAGUUGACGUGUACCUAUGAUGAAAAUGACAGGCCUCUCUCAUCUUUUUAAGUGGGAGAACUUGCACAAUUGGUGGCUGACUAAAUACUUUUUUUCCCCACUGUAUGUUAUGAAUGUAUUGUAAUGUUUUUAAAAUUGUAUAACUGCCUUAAUUUUGCUGGACCCCAAGAAGAGUAGCUGCUGCCAUGGCAGGAACUAUUGGGGAUCCAUAAUAAAUAUAAAUACAAAUCCUUACUGUGUAACUGGCUAUUGUCACCUAUUAAAACCUACUUCCCCUGACCUGAAAGUGUAAAGGGACAUUGUAAGAAAGGCUGGACAGGAGUGGAACUGAUCUCAUAUAUUUUUUGUUUCCCUCCAGGGCUCUGAGUGGAAUGCAUCCAAUCUGGAGGAGCUGCAGAACAGUGGGUAAGGCCUGCUCUGGAAAACUACUACUCCCAUGAUGCACUACUCAUGAAAUUCAAAAUGUAUUUGCCUACACAUCUAUAAUGACAACCUGUCCACCUUUCUCCCCCUCCCCCAUCCUCCCCCUCCCCAGUGUGCAGUAUAUUCUGAACGUGACGAAGGAGAUUGACAACUUCUUCCCAGGUGUGUUUGAGUACCAUAACAUCCGUGUGUAUGAUGAGGAGGCGACAGACCUGCUAGCAUACUGGAACGACACCUACAAGUUCAUCUCCAGAGCCAAGUGAGUCACUACUGGCCGACUGAUUCUGUCUCUCUCUCUGUGUCUCUCUCUGUGUAUCUCUCUGUGUCUCACUCUCUGUGUCUCUGUCUCCCUCUCUCUCUCUCUCUGUGUCUCUCUCUGUGUAUCUCUCUCUGUGUCUCUCUCUGUGUCUCUCUCUGUGUCUCUCUCUCUCUCUCUCUCUCUCUGUGUAUCUCUCUCUGUGUAUCUCUCUCUGUGUAUCUCUCUCUGUGUCUCUGUGUCUCUGUCUCUCUCUCUCUCUGUGUCUCUCUCUGUGUCUCUGUCUCUCUCUCUCUGUGUCUCUCUCUAUGUGUAUCUCUCUGUGUCUCUGUCUCUCUGUGUCUCUGUCUCUCUGUGUCUCUGUCUCUAUGUGUCUCUGUCUCUGUGUCUCUGUCUCUGUGUCUCUGUCUCUGUGUCUCUCUCUGUGUCUGUCUCUCUCUCUCUCUGUGUCUCUCUCUGUGUCUGUCUCUCUCUCUCUCUGUGUCUCUGUCCAUAGUGAUGUCUCUCGCUUUCUUUUUAUUUCUCAACUCUCUUUCUCUCCAACUCUCUCUUUCUCUCAACUCUCUUUCUCUCAACUCUCUCUCUCUACAUAUAUGUACAUUCACUUCCUCUCAUCUUUCUAGAGAUGGUCACUGUAUUUCUCUCCGUCAUCUUUCUAUCUCUGUCUCUCCCGUCUUAGUUUGUCUAACCUCUCUGAUCUCUGUUCUCCUAUGUCAGUCCCUUAACCAGUUAAAUAAUGUCUGUCUGUAGGAGAGCGGGAGCUAAGUGUCUGGUGCACUGUAAGAUGGGUGUGAGUCGCUCUGCAUCCACGGUGAUAGCCUACGCUAUGAAGGAGUACGGCUGGGACCUGGAGAGGGCAUUUGACCAUGUUAAGGAGCGACGUGCCGUCACCAAACCUAACCCAUCCUUCAUGAGACAGCUAGAGGAGUACCAGGGCAUACUGCUGGCCAGGUACACACAUACACACACACACACAGAUACACAAACAGGUCAACAUUCACAAGGCCGCAGGGCCAGACGGAUUACCAGGACGUGUACUCCGAGCAUGCGCUGACCAACUGGCAAGUGUCUUCACUGACAAUUUCAACAUGUCCCUGACUGAGUCUGUAAUACCAACAUGUUUCAAGCAGACCACCAUAGUCCCCGUGCCCAAGAACACGAAGGUAACCUGCCUAAAUGACUACCGACCCGUAUCACCUCACGUCUGUAGCCAUGAAGUGCUUUGAAAGGCUGGUCAUGGCUCACAUCAACACCAUAUUCCCGGAAACCCUAGACCCACUCCAAUUCACAUACCGCCCCAACAGAUCCACAGAUCACGCAAUCUCUAUUGCACUCCACACUGCCCUUUCCCACCUGGACAAAAGAAACACCUAUGUGAGAAUGCUGUUCAUUGACUACAGCUCAGCGUUCAACACCAUAGUGCCCUGAAAGCUCAUCACUAAGCUAAGGAUCCUGGGACUAAACACCUCCCUCUGCAACUGGAUCCUGGACUUCCUGAUGGGCCGCCCCCAGGUGGUAAGGGUAGGCAACAACACCUGCCACACUGAUCCUCAACACGGGGGCCCCUCAGGGGUGCGUGCUUAGUCCCCUCCUGUACUCCCUGUUCACCCACGACUGCGUGGCCAAGCACGACUCCAACACCAUCAUUAAGUUUGCCGAUGACACAACGGUGGUAGGCCUGAUCACCGACAACGAUGAGACAGCCUAUAGGGAGGUGGUCAGAGACCUGGCAGUGUGGUGCCAGGACAACAACCUCUCCCUCAACGUCAGCAAGAGAAAGGAGAUGAUCGUGGACUACAGGCCACCAUUCACAUCGACAGGGCUGUAGUGGAGCAGGUCGAGAGCUUCAAGUUCCUUGGUGUCCAAAUCACCAACAAACUGGUCCAAACACACCAAGACAGUCGAAGAGGGCACGACAACACCUUUUCUCCCUCAGGAGACUGAAAAGGUUUGGCAUGGGUCCUCAGAUCCUCAAAAGGUUCUACAUUUACAUUUACAUUUUAGUCAUUUUAGCAGCAGCUGCACCAUCGAGAGCAUCCUGACUGGCUGCAUCCCCGCUUGGUAUGGCAACUGCUUGGCACCCGACCGCAAGGUGCUACAGAGGGUACUGCGUACGGCCCAGUACAUCACUGGGGCCAAGCUUCCUGCCAUCCAGGACCUCUAUACCAGGCGGUGUCAGAGGAAGGCCGGAGCGCCAUGUCUAGGUCCAAAGGGCUCCUUAACAGGUUCUACCCCCAAGCCAUAAGACUACUGAAAAGUUAAUAAAAUGGCUACCCGUACUAUUUGCAGCUACCCGCUGCUACUCGCUGUUUAGCUAUCCAUAGUCACUUUACCCCUACCUACAUGUACAGUUCAAGUCUGAAGUUUACAUACACCUUAGCCAAAUACAUUUAAACUCAUUUUUUCACAAUUCCUGACAUUUAAUCCUAGUAAAAAUUCCCGGUCUUAGGUCAGUUAGGAUCACCACUUUCUUUUAAGAAUGUGAAAUGUCAGAAUAAUAGUAGAGAGAAUGAUUUAUUUCAGCUUUUAUUUCUUUCGUCACAUUCCCAGUGGGUCAGAAGUUUACAUACACUCAAUUAGUAAAUGGUAGCAUUGCCUUUAAAUUGUUUAACUUGGGUCAAACGUUUCGGGUAGCCUUCCACAAGCUUCCCACAAUAAGUUGGGUGAAUUUUGGCCCAUUCCUCCUGACAGAGCUGGUGUAACUGAGUCAGGUUUGUAGGCCUCCUUGCUCGCACACGCUUUUUCAGUUCUGCCCACAAAUGUUCUAUAGGAUUGAGGUCAGGGCUUUGUGAUGGCCACUCCAAUACCUUGACUUUGUUGUCCUUAAGCCAUUUUGCCACAACUUUGGAAGUAUGCUUGGGGUCAUUGUCCAAUUGGAAGACCCAUUUGCGACCAAGCUUUAAUUUCCUGACUGAUGUCUUGAGAUGUUGCUUCAAUAUAUCCACAUAAUCUUCCUUCCUCAUGAUGCCAUCUAUUUUGUGAAGUGCACCAAUCCCUCCUGCAGCAAAGCACCCCCACAGCAUGAUGCUGCCACCCCCGUGCUUCACAGUUGGGAUGGUGUUCUUCGGCUUGCAAGCAUCCCCCUUUUUCCUCCAAACAUAACGAUGGUCAUUAUGGCCGAACAGUUCUAUUUUUGUUUCAUCAGACCAGAGGACAUUUCUCCAAAAAGUACGAUCUUUGUCCCAAUGUGCAGUUGCAAACCGUAGUCUGGCUUUUUUAUGGCGGUUUUGAAGCAGUGCUUCUUCCUUGCUGAGCGGUCUUUCAGGUUAUGUCGAUAUAGGACUCGUUUUACUGUGGAUAUAGAUACUUUUGUACCUGUUUCCUCCAGCAUCUUCACAAGGUCCUUUGCUGUUGUUCUGGGAUUGACUAGCACUUUUUGCACCAAAGUACGUUAAUCUCUAGGAGACAGAACGAGUCUCCUUCCUGAGCGGUAUGACGGCUGCGUGGUCCCAUGAUGUUUAUACUUGCGUACUAUUGUUUGUACAGAUGAACGUGGUACCUUCAGGCGUUUGGAAAUUGCUCCCAAGGAUGAACCAGACUUGUGGAGGUAAAAAAAAGAAAUUGAGGUCUUGGCUGAUUUCUUUUGAUUUUCCCAUGAUGUCAAGCAAAGAGGCACUGAGUUUGAAGGUAGGCCUUGAAAUACAUCCACAGGUACACCUCCAAUUGUCUCAAAUAAUGUCAAUUAGCCUAUCAGAAGCUUCUAAAGCCAUGACAUCAUUUUCUGGAAUUUUCCAAGCUGUUUAAAGGCACAGUCAACGUAGUGUACGUAAACUUCUGACCCACUGGAAUUGUGAUACAGUGAAUUAUAAGUGAAAUAAUCUGUCUGUAAACAAUUGUUGGAAAAAUUACUUGUGUCAUGCACAAAGUAGAUGUCCUAACCGACUUGCCAAAACUAUAGUUUGUUAACAAGACAUUUGUGGAGUGGUUGAAAAACGAGUUUUAAUGACUCCAACCUAAGUGUAUGUAAACUUCCGUAGUCUGCUAUGUAGUCUUAUGUAGCCUGUUAUGUAGCCUGCUAUGUAGCUGGAUAGAGUAGAGGAAGCUACCAGCAUUGAUUAACAUCUCUCUCUUUCUUCCUCUUGUUCUGUCACAUUUCUACCCCCCCCCCCCCCCCCCCCCCCCCCCCCGCAGUAAGCAGAGACACAACAAGUUGUGGCGUUCCCACUCAGAUAGCGACCUAUCAGAGCACCAUGAGCCGCUGUGUAAGACCGCCUACCACCCCAACACCCUGGGCCGCUCAGACCCCCGUAACCAGGGCAACAGUCCCACCGCACCCUCCCUGCAGGAGCUGCUGCACCCCUCGCUGGGAACCCCCUCCAACACGGGGCAGGUGGUGCAGUCCGUCUCUGAGUGUGGGACGCCCUCUAGUGCAGGGAAGGUGGUACGGUCCAGUAGCCAGCCCAAUACCACUGUUACUAGGACUGAAGCUCAGUUGACCUCCACAACUGGGGUCCAGUCAGUAGGCAGUGGGGACCAGUCCUCCCAUACUGUUGACCAGUCAGCUCCCAGUGGGGACCAGUCCUCCCAUACUGUUGACCAGUCAGCUCCCAGUGGGGACCAGUCCUCCCAUACUGUUGACCAGUCAGCUCCCAGUGGGGUCCAGUCCUCCCAUACUGUUGACCAGUCAGCUCCCAGUGGGGUCCAGUCCUCCCAUACUGUUGACCAGUCAGCUCCCAGUGGGGACCAGUCCUCCCAUACUGUUGACCAGUCAGCUCCCAGUGGGGACCAGUCCUCCCAUACUGUUGACCAGUCAGCUCCCAGUGGGGACCAGUCCUCCCAUACUGUUGACCAGUCAGUUCCCAGUGGGGUCCAGUCCUUGGAUUCCCCAGACAGUGCUCCCCUGGCUGGGUCUGCGUGUCCCCCGUCCUCCCCCCCUCUGUCCAACGGCCUGUGUGACUCAGAGGAGGAUCCCUCGACCCAGUCUCUCCCCCGGCCGCGGGCGGCCACCGUGGUGCCUGAUGUUUCCACUGUAACCGUGGUGGAGACAGUGCCGGUCGGGCGUCCUCACCUGCCCCCCUCCCUUCACCACCUCCCCCUCUCCGCUGCACCUUUUCCAACCCCCUCCGGCGCAGACGAGACUCUGAAAGCCAAGGAGCCAUCCUCUAACUUGCCUGGGCAAAAGUCCCGCCAGUCGCAGGUGCCCGAGUUGUUGUUGAAGACCCCUGUAACAAGCAGACAAACAGCAGGAUCCCAAGAGCAGUUCGCACCAGUGCCUUAUGAGAAACGACACAGUGACCAGCGGUUACCUGGGGUGUUUUUGGGCAGUUCAGGACCCCAACAACCCUCCAGUAGUGAGGUGCUCAUCAUCAGCCAGCCCAGUGCCCCGCUUCAGGACCCUGUCGCAGAGGGGUCCUCGGCUCUCAGCACAGACCGCAUCAACUUCUUCAGCGCCAGAGAGAAGUUCCAGGACAUGACUCGGGACGGGAGGACCCGCUGCUUUUCUGAUCAGGCACUGCAGCAGACACCUCAGCCCAUACCCAGGGGUCCAGGACAGGAGCAGCAGCAGGAGGACCCCUCUGCUGAGGCGACUGAGGAGGUCAAGGAGAGGAAGAGGGUGAGACCAUUUUUUGAAAUAUAUUCUACCAUUAUUUUACCAGGUUAGUCUCCAGAGAGAUUAACAAUCUCUUUUCCAAGAGAGACCUGGCCAAAAUAUUCAGCACACAAAGUUUCAGACACAAUUACAACAUUAAAAACAAAGCACUACGGUUUAAAAACAUCCAUUUACACAUUGAACAGGCAAUAAUUAUUUGGGGAGGUGUGAUGCAUCCUGGGGUCAAAACAUUGCCAGCCCCCCACUUAGUCCACCAUAGUUUGGACCCUAGCUUUGAACUCAUUCAAGGAGAUGAGGUCCUGCAAUUCCAUGUCCUUUUAUAGCUUGUUGCAAGUGGAGGGGAACUGGAACGCUUUUUUUACCCAGCCCUUUACGGGCCUUAUUUAAAUUUUAUGUGACCUUUAUUUUAUCAGGGAGUCAUACUGAGACCAAGGUCUCUUUUUAUAGAUCAGCCCUGAAUUACAGAAAAUACAUCAAAAUAUAAAUGCAAGCAGGAAGAAAAACACUGUCAUAAAAAACAAACACAUUCAUCAGUAAUAAAGUCCUCAAUCAGCUUUCUGAAUUACCCUAGAGGCACCAAAACAUCAAAUUUAACAUUUUGAAGAGUGUUCCACAAAUAAGGUGCAAGAAAAGUAAAUCAGCAUUUAGUUAACUCAGUAGAGACCAAAGGAAUUUCCAGAGUUAGCCAUCCCUGAGACAGGGGUGUGGAAACUCAUGUCUAAAGUUUAGUAAAGAUGUUAGGGGCUUUAUAAAUGAAAACAUAGCAAUGUAUUAACCUACGUGACAUCAUAGAGGGCCAGCCAACGUUCUGGUAGAGAAUGCAGUGAUGAGUACUAAAUCUGUCCCCCGUAAUUAAGCGCAAUAAUAAACUGCGUCUUAACAGCUUUAAUGAAGUGGCAGCUGCGUUUAUAUAGAUGACGUCGUCAUAGUCCAGGACCGAUUGGAACGUCGACUGAAUAAUCAGCUUUCUACUAUUUAGCGAGAGGCAGGACCUGUUUCUAUAGAAGAAGUCAAUUUUUAUUCUCAGCUUCUUAACUAACUCAUCAAUAUUCUUUUUAAAAAGACAGCUUUUCACCUAUCCAGAUGCCCAGAUAUUUGUAAGCACGGACAUGAUCAAUAUGGACACCGUCCAAAGUACAUAUGCUUAAAUCUAACCUUAGACACAGUCAAAAGGGUACAGUCCUGUGAGCGUAGCCGAUAGUUGUCAUUUGACUAUUUUAAAGAUGGUGGUGGUGAUGAUAAUGAAAUGCUGUAACAGGAAAGAAUCUUUACAAUGUAAUGAAAACAAUCAUUGUUUCAGUGAUUUAGAUGAGGUUUUACUAACUGUAGCUGCAAUACAGCUGUUCCACGUGGAAGUAGAACAUGCACCGUUGAAAAUGUGUAGCUUCAAAUUUUAAAACCUUUUUUUUCCCAGUAGAGUUAAAUAAUUUUCAUACAGGAUAGAGGGGAUCUUAAAAGGCCCAGUGCAGUCAAAAACGUGAUUUUUCCUGUGUUCUAUACAGUAUAUAUUCCCACACUGUGAGGUUGGAAUAAUACUGUGAAAUGAAAAUUAUGAUAAUGCCCUUUUUAAGUGUAAGAGCGGUUUGAAAAAGAAAACUGCCUGAAAUAGGAUGGCCUUCCAAAAUCAAAUAAAAUGUUAUUGGUCGCAUACACAUAUUUAGCAGAUGUUAUUGCGGGUGUAGCCAGUAUAUACAUAUAAAAUGAGUAAAGCAGUAUGUAAACAUUAUGUGGAGUCCGGAGUAUAAAGGAAAAGGCCACCAUGACCGGGGGUUCCUUCUCUUCCAUGUAGCGGGUCAUCUCGGUUUCGGCAAACGUUGGGCUAUAUGUUUUGAUUUUUAAGAACUUUUUUUAAGGCUGCAUGAUGCGACUCUAAUGAUGAUUUGAAAAAGGUCGCUUGAAAAGGCAUGAGCUCUGCUUUUGUUUUUUUGCACAGGCUGCACACACUUCAUCAGUCUCUCAUUCACAAUUUGACAAGCACUUGAUAAUGCCUCGAAUUUCACAGCGUCAUUCCCUUUGUGUGGCCGAAAUGGCCCCCUAAAAAAAUCCAUGCCUUUGUUGUGCCCUUCUCUCUGAGUGCUGCGCGCUCUCAUCACGUAAUCGGGUCUUUCUCACAGGCUACAAGUGAAGACAGACACAUCGGGGAAGCAACUGCGCGCGUCCUUAUCCAAUUCCAAGGUGCAUAUUGACGAUAUUGGAAGAACUGUCCACAUUUACUUUUCGUCAGCCAACAAGAUGAGUAGGCCUAACGAACAGGAAAAGCACUAGCCUAUGGCAAUCUACUAUCCCCCAUAGUACAAAAGUCUACCUAUUCUGUGCGACAAAUAAAUAUUCCAAACAUAGUCUGGGACAGUUGUGGGAUGCGAUAGAUCCCAAAUUAAUACAACCACUAGCAUAAAACAUUUUUUUAAAUGCAAUGUGGCUGACCCAACAGAUGAGAACGUUUAGCUUUACCAAACUUUUUUAUUUAUUUUUAAAGACUACUAAUGACCAUCAGCAGCAUCAGAGUUUGGAGAAGCCUAAUUACCGUGACUAAACGGUCACAUGGAAUUUGACUGCCGGUGUGGCGGUAAUACGGUCACCGUAACAGCCCUAGGCGUGCGUGGCCACACAGUCAUGGGUGAACAGGGAGUACAGGAGGGGGCUGAGCACGCACCCUUGUGGGGCCCCUGUGUUGAGGAUCAGCGAAGUGGAGGUGUUGUUGUCUACCUUCACCACCUGGGGGCGGCCCGUCAGGAAGUCCAGGACCCAGUUGUACAGGGCGGGGUUCAGACCCAGGGCCCCGAGCUUAAUGAUGAGCUUGGAGGGUACUAUGUUGUUGAAGGCUGAGCUAUAGACAAUGAACAGCAUUCUUACAUAGGUAUUCCUCUUGUCCAGAUGGGAUAGGGCAGUGUGCAGUGCGAUGGCGAUUGCAUCAUCCGUGGAUCUAUUGGGGCGGUAUGCAAGUUAGCAAAUUGCAGUGGGUCUAGGGUGUCAGGUAAGGUAGAGGUGAUAUGAUCCUUAACUAGCCUCUCAAAGCACUUCAUGAUAACAGAAGUGAGUGCUACGGGGCAAUAGUCAUUUAGUUCAGUUACCUUUGCUUUCUUGGGUUCAGGAACAAUGGUUGACAUCUUGAAGCAAGUGGGGACAGCAGACUGGGAUGGAGAGAGAUUGAAUAUGUCCGUAAACACUCCAGCCAGCUGGUCUGCGCAUGCUCUGAGGACGCAGCUAGGGAUGCCGUCUGGGCCGGCAGCCUUGCGAGGGUUAACACGGAGAAAUAUCGCACGUAGAACCCGAUCUACCGCUUCUUAGACUCACUUUCAAUGAGAAUGACAGAUCUAUAACUCACAUUUCUAUGUAGAUUUGGUCGGGUCGCCCCAAAAAGUUCCAUAUUGCAGCUUUAUAAAUAAAAUAUACUUUGGAAAUGAAUUUUUAGCUACCAAGACUACUUCUAUACUUUACUUACUGCUUGGUUUUCUCUCUUCUUUCUCUCAGGAGAACGUCGUCUCUGUUCACCUCAUAGUCACAGAACUGGAGUCCUUGAUGCACACUGUGGCCCCUUCCCCUGGUCCUUCCAGCCAACCAGAGUCUACAGCCUCCCAGGACCAGGAAAUGUGUCAGUCAGACCAGGAAGUAGAGGAGAAAGUUGCAAAGUCACAGCAGGAAGUGAAGGCUGUCAAAGAGGAAGUGAAGGACAAAGCAAAGGAGAUGGAAGCUGCCUCCCACUCUCCUCCCACCCCUCUCUCUGGUGAUUGGGCAAUGGGCUCUGUGCGCCGCGUCACCCGACAGCUGGAGCAGCGAAUGAGGCAGGAGCACGGCUCCCCCUCCCCAACUCCCCCGUCCCUCCCACUCGACCCCUCCCACCACCCUGCCUCCAUCACCCCUCGCCACACUGCCUUCUGCUAUGCCCCCCUGUCCUCCGUGGACUUCCUUUGUCUGGAGGGGGUGACUGAGUUGGAGUCGGGCACGAACUGGGGUAGGUCCCCGGGACGAGGACGCGGUGACAUCAUGAGGGAGACACGGGAGAUGGGGGCGUUCCGUCGCCAGGAGAGCGGGGACGGGGCCAAGGAGCCCAGGUGUAUGGGCCAGGUGUGGGGGGAAGGUGUGGAGGCGAGGCAGAAGGGGAGCAGGGGGGGCGACCGGCAGAGAGCCAGGGAGAUGGAGGCCCGGAUUCGCCGGGCUGGACUGACCCCGCCCUCCCUGAUGAAGCGCUCUGCCUCAUUGGCUAAGCUGGGCUGCCUAGAGCUGUCGGCCAAUGACCUGAGCGGCUGGGAGCUUAGCCCCACCGUGGAACCCUUCCCUCCUUUGGUGGCAGCUGACGAGUCCUCCAAGAAACUGAGGGUGCUAUCCCACAAUGCCCCCUGUCUGACUUCUUCUGUCUCAACCAGCAGGCCAGAGUCCCUCAGGACCGGAGGGGAGGGGCCUUGUAAGGGUGGACACACCCCCUCAGAACACUUGCAUUCUCCUCCGCCUGACUCUGGUCACGCCCCCUCGCCGAUGCCUGACCUGAUCGUCGUGGCAACACGACAGCAGUACGGAAGGACACACCCCCUACAUAGGCUGAAGAAACAGACUGUCAGCACCUUCUACCACACUAUGUGA